AUGUCCUUUUAUACUCUAUCACAUAUCCUCAUGCUCUUUAUCUCUUGGUUUUGGGUCUAUGAGUUUGGUUCAGCUCGACGAAAUAUUACAACCACUCAAUCUCUUAGAGACCUGGAAACUCUAGAGUCUAGUAAUGCCAUUUUCAAGUUUGGGUUUUUCAGCCCCAUUAACUCAACAUAUCGCUAUGUUGGAAUCUGGUAUACUAAGGAGGUUGCUAAUCAAUUAAAAGUGGUAUGGAUAGCGAACAGAAAUAACCCUCUUAGUGAUUCUUCAGGGGUGCUUAAAAUUUCCGGAGAUGGAAAUCUUCAACUAUUGGAUGAAAAAAACAAGAGUAUUUGGUCAUCAAACAUACCAGGUAAUUAUAAGGUUAAUUCUUCUGUUGCUCAACUUCUGGAUUCUGGAAACUUAGUUUUAUCUUCUAGUGGGAAUAUCAUCUGGCAGAGUUUUGACCAUCCUACAGACUCAAUGUUGCAAAAUAUGAAUAUGUAUUUUGAUGAGAAUUCAACCAUAUCACCGCUUGUUACAUCUUGGAAGAGCGCUUCUGAUCCAUCAGAUGGACGGUUUACAGUUGGUAUUAAUCACCGUAGGCUUUAUGAAGUUUUCAUCUGGGAUGGUGUUCGUCCUUAUUGGCGAUCAGGACCUUGGAAUGGUCAAGUGUUGAUGGGGAUACGAGCUAUGUACUAUUUUGCACAGGUUGAUGGAUUUAAUCUUGAAAAUGACAAUAAAGGCACAGUUAGCAUAUCAGUUUCUUCCAUAACCAAAAGACUGACAAAAUACUAUGUGCUGACUUAUGACGGUAGGUUGUUAGAAAAAGAUUGGCAAGACGAUAAAAAGGAUUGGAAAAUUGAAUGGAAUUCCCUAGAAUCUGAAUGUGAUAUAUAUGGAAAGUGUGGAGAAUUUGGGAGUUGUAACUCGAAUAGUUUGCCAAUCUGUAGUUGCUUGAGGGGCUUUCAACCAAGGAAUGACCAAGAAUGGAGUGCAGGAAAUUGGAGUAGUGGGUGUGUUCGGAGAACACCUCUGCAAUGUGCAAAUAUAGGAGGGGAAGAUGAUGGAUUUUCAAGGUUAAGGAACGUUAAAGUGCCAGAUGAUGCCGAAUGGUUGGAAUCAUAUGAUGAAGAGGAUUGCAGGAGAAAGUGCCUCAGAAAUUGCUCUUGUUUAGCUUAUGCUUAUACUUUAGGUUUUGGGUGUAUGAUCUGGAAUGGAAGUUUGAUUGACGUACAGAAUUUCGCUCCUGUUGGUCCUGAUAUUUUCAUUCGGCUUGCUCAUUCAGAAAUAGGUGAUCUUCUUAAUGUCUUUAAGUUAUCCCCUUUCGUUUAA